AUGGCUGUGAACCCAAAAAAGAUUUUCAUUAAAGAUCUUGUGAAUAAACCAGCACCCUUAGAUGUCUGGGUCCAGGGUACUAUCGAACAAGCGGUUGGAAAUGAUGUUGUAAUAUUAAUUAUAUCGGACACGACAGGACGUGCUAAAAUAGUUAAAUGCGAGGCGGCUGAUGGAGUAAUCGAUAGAAGUUCGUUGAAAAAAGGUACAUACUGCUGUAUUAUCGGAGUUGCUGUUAAAACAAAAGGACUGCCAGAAAUAGAAGCAACUAAAUUUAUAGAUUUAAGCCAACAACCAGCAAUGAAAUCAGCUUGGGAAUAUGAAGUAACAGAAGCUGAUUUAGUUUUAAAAGGGAAAAUAAAACCCAUGUUAUAA